AUGUCCAAGACUGAUGCCAUAAUUCAGAGCUAUGGAGCGUCCUUGAGAAAUCUUGAGACCCAAAUGGGACAGGUUGCAAACUCCAUCAACAGUAGACGCCAAGGUGCCUUACCAAGUGAUACACAAGUCAAUCCCAAAGGUAAGGAACAUUGUAAUGCAGUUACACUUAGGAGUGGAAAAGAAGUUAGAAGGGUGAAUGAAAAAUCAAUUGAAUCUUCAAAGGAGCAUCUAGAUGAUGACAAGGCAAUUGUUGAGAAAGAAGUUGAAGUGGAAAAGACAGAUAAUGGGCAAGCUAAAAAUCAAGGGAAUUUUGAAGCAAAUGACCCUCCACCACCAUUCCCACAAAGGUUGAAAAAACAAAGGCUUGAUAAGCAGUUUGAGAAAUUCCUCAAUGUCUUCAAGAAGCUCCACAUAAACAUCCCUUUUGCUGAAGCUUUGGAAAACAUGACAAGUUAUGUCAAAUUCCUGAAAGACAUCUUAACUAAGAAGAGGAAACUGGAAGACUUUGAAACAAUGGCACUUACUGAGGAGUGCAGUGCAAUAAUUCAGAACAAGCUUCCACCAAAACUUAAAGAUCCAGGGAGUUUUUCUAUACCUUGUACUAUUGAUAGAACAAUCAAGUAUCCUGUUAGGAUUAUUGAGGAUGUAUUGGUUAAAGUUGGGCAUCUCUACAUUCCAGUGGACUUCAUUGUGCUUGAGAUGGAAGAAGAUUUGGAAAUUCCUUUAAUCUUGGGGUGA